GGUUGUGUAGCGGCGGCCGCCGAGGCGGACUCCGCGAAGGAGGAGCUGCUGGCCCGCCCGUCGCUGUACCAGGAGAGGGCGAACCUGUACCCGCUGAGUAACGCGCCGGGCGAGGGGCUGAGCCACGGCGGCCUGCGGCCCAACGGGCAGACGAAGCCGAUGCCGGCACUGAAGCUGGCGCUGGAGUACAUCGUGCCCUGCAUGAACAAGCACAGCAUCUGCGUGGUGGACGACUUCCUGGGCAAGGAGACCGGCCAGCAGAUCGGCGACGAGGUGCGCGCCCUGCACGACACGGGAAAGUUCACGGACGGGCAGCUGGUCAGCCAGAAGAGCGACUCGUCCAAGGACAUCCGAGGCGAUAAGAUCACCUGGAUCGAGGGCAAGGAGCCUGGCUGCGAAACCAUCGGGCUGCUCAUGAACAACAUGGACGACCUGAUCCGCCACUGUAACGGGAAGCUGGGCAACUACAAAAUCAAUAGCCGGACGAAAGCCAUGGUUGCUUGCUCUCCUGGCAAUGGAACAGGUUACGUACAUCAUGUCGAUAAUCCAAAUGGAGAUGGAAGAUGUGUGACAUGUAUAUAUUAUCUUAAUAAAGACUGGGAUGCCAAGGUAAGUGGAGGUAUACUUCGAAUUUUUCCAGAAGGCAAAGCCCAGUUUGCUGACAUUGAACCCAAAUUUGAUAGACUGCUGUUUUUCUGGUCUGACCGUCGCAACCCUCAUGAAGUACAACCAGCAUAUGCUACAAGGUACGCAAUAACUGGUAUUUUGAUGCAGAUGAGAGAGCGCGAGCUAAAGUAA